UGAGGAUAAAAAGGGAAUCUCAUCCCCAAUAUUGUGUCAAGUUACAAGGUUACAAGCAAGUUGGAAAGACGUCGGGAUUUUUUGUGGUGAUAUAAUUAGUUGAAUUUAGUCGUGAAUUAUUUAUAAAUCGGUGAAAAUGAAGGUGAUUUUGGUACUUUUGUCCAUGAUUGGUGCGUGUUAUGGUGGCGUUGGGGUGCUCACUCCCGAAAUUGAGGCAGAGGCCCUCCGACUUUGGCAAGCUUACUGUGAUGGAGCCAGUGAAGGGGGUACUGAUGGCGCAACUUCUAUAUUUUGCAAAAAAUCUGGGGAGAAAAUAGAAGAAACUUUGACCCACGAACAUGCCUUGGCUGGGGGAGAAGGAGCCAAAGAACAAGUCGUGUUCGUCCAACCACCCAGUUAUCAUUACAAGCACGAUGUCGUCGUUAGUGGCGGAGGUGGUGCUGCGGGCAAAACCGUAAUUUACGUGAAGGCAGCCAAAAAUACGCACGAGGUUAACGUGCAAGAUCAAACCGUUGCUGGAGCUGGACCUUCUAAGCCGACCCUCUUUUUCCUUAAGGGAAAUCAUGGUGGCGAUGAUGCUGCGGCGGCUGCUGCGGCUUAUCGACGACGAUAAUGACGACAAGGAACAUUUAAGAAGGCGUCUCUCAAGUCAAUGAAAUUUAUAUGUAAAAGUAUAACCAAAAAUACCAGCUACAUAUUUAUUGUAUAAUCUGCAGUAUUUUAUAUGAAAAGUACACGAGUCUCAAAACAGUAAUGAAAUAAAGCGUUAAAUAACAAACAAAAUCCAAA